AUGCCAUCGUUUUCCGGUCUCGGUAUCAAGCGGCCAAGCGACUCGGUUCUCAACAUUUCCAAACAUGACAGCACCACAGGCGAUUCUAGCGGCGAUUCCAACGGGUCCACGUCCCGGGUUUCGUCCAUCACCAGUGUCUCUUCCACAGAGCUUCCGAGAACAAACAUCAAGGUUCCGCCUCCUCGAGCCAGUCGCAUUGCGAAAACCAUGUCGCAACAGGAAAAAUACAAACUGUACGAAGAACUCGAAAAUGACGACAAAAUCCCGGACGAAUCGUCCAUGUUCAACGUUCCGCUGGCCAUGCACUCCACUGCGUCGCUUUUCGAACACACUAGCAGGGAUUCUGGCUCCCAUAUUCUGAAGCGUGCGUGGAAAGACUCUUCGAAGAUAGUACCAUCUCCUCUUCCGGGAGCUCUUGCGCAAGAGUCCAGAACAGAACCAACGUAUCUUCCGAGCCCAACACUGACAAAGCACUACUCUUACACGACGCUUUCGCCAGAUGCGCGUCAGUUGACUGGGUUCUACGAGUACUCUGUUCAAAACCACGUGGAGAAAGAACUCAACAGACGGUCCAAGUACAGCAGCAAAGUGGACAUUUUGGACGACCCGACACUGGUUUCCUCCGAGAAGGCGGACUCGCUCACAAUGACACGUCCUUCUUGGCUGCCUCCAAAGAAUAAACACGAAUCGCUAAAACACGAAAAGGAGUUCACUAAGAUGGUGGAAAAGUACGGGCUCCAUCACAGAAAGGAAUCGGCUAGAGCGGAACAGCGCGAGCGCGACCGAAUGAUUGGCGACGCUAGACUCACGUACUUCGCAGGAAAGACCAAGAUCAAGUCGUCGAACUGGGCCGAGAUCAAAAAACUCAUGUGGAGAACACAGGUGGACGCCGCUACGCGAUACACCAUUUUCGUGAAAGUUCUCGAACACAGACAAUUUAGUGUGGAGGUGCCGACGUUGUCGCCCACCACGAGAAACUUGGACCUGGACUCGUUCAUCAGCUCUCACCCGGACAUUUACAAACAGCCAAAACUAUUUGCUUCUUUGGACAAACUACUCCGGAUCACCUCUGCCCAGCAGGACUGGCAGUUGAAUAGUUACCAUGUGAACUUGGCGCUGUUGACCAACGGGUUUUCGUUUUCCAGGUCGCUCAAGACCCUUUAUUUCCUCAACAAGCACAUUGUCACUAAGGAAUUUGUUACGAAGUUUAAUGCCAUUCAGUCGCAUCCCUACAUGAAGUCGUCGCUCAAGAGUUUCAAGGACGAUUUGAAUUUAGUCACUUUUGACGCGUUCAUGAAAAUCAUGAAGAAUUUCAGUUUACCCAUGGUGUUUAAGCUUGUAUCCUUGCUAAUGGUUUAUGGGGACUACAAGCUGCUAUACGCCUGCGUUCUAACUGUCUUGCUUCACUAUCAUUUUGGAUGGAACAAUCUCCAGCUCGUGCUCCAUAACAGCGACCCAAUGAUCCGGAUUCCGGACGAAGAGGUGUUCUGGAGCAGAGUCUAUUCGUAUUACAAGAAGAUGUAA